UGAUGGAAAAACCAGGAAGAAAGGAGGGCAGAUCAACUGCUGCUCCCUGCAGGAAUGCGCCGCUGUUCGCCAAGGAGAAAGUUAUGGCUUUAAUAUGGCAGACAAAGGUCCUUUUUUAACUUCGUGCAUAAUUUUCUACCUCUCGAUCGGAGCCGCGAUCUUUCAGAUCCUCGAAGAGCCAAACUGGGAAGCGGCCAGAGACAGAUUUAUCCAGCAGAAGGAAAACCUGCUGAGGACUAACCGGGUCACAAAGGAAACCUUAGAGGAGAUACUGAAGAUAGCGUCUGAGGCUGCAGGCCAAGGUGUGGCAAUCACUGGAAACAACCGCCACAACACAUGGGACUGGGGCAAUUCUGUCAUCUUUGCUGCCACCAUCGUCACCACUAUAGGUUAUGGUAAUGUUGCUCCCAAGACAGAAGGUGGUCGCGUGUUCUGCAUCCUGUAUGGCUUGUGCGGGAUCCCUCUCUGCCUGGUGUGGAUAAGUACACUGGGCUCCUUCUUUGGAGACCGGGCCAAACGGCUGUCUGGGAUUCUCAUAAAAAAGGGUGUUUCAGUGAAAAAAGUCCAGCUGACAUGUACGGCCAUAUUCCUCCUAUGGGGUUUGCUGGUGCAUUUGGUUAUCCCUCCAAUUGUUUUCAUGUUUAUGGAAGAAUGGAGCUAUCUGGAAGGGAUCUAUUUCUCUUUCAUCACACUCACAACCGUUGGUUUUGGAGAUUAUGUGGCAGGUGUAAAUCCUGAUAUCGAGUAUCCCAAACUCUACAGAGUCUUAGCAGAGGUAUGGAUGUACAUGGGACUGGCAUGGCUGUCCUUGUUCUUCAGCUGGAAUGUCCACAUGGUUGUGGAAGCUCAUAAAGUGUUCAAGAAGAAACGGAUGCACAGGAACAGGAACAGAAUUUUGUACGAGCAGGAACCAGACUCUGAAGAGGAGAAGCAACGUCAAGAAGUGAAGCGGACUGUUGUCGACAUCUUCGACUUUCUCUCAGAGAAGGACGAGGACUACAGCACAGUGAUCAAAGAGAUUGGAAUCAAAGAAAAGAGGAAAAAAAUCCCGGAAAACAUAAUCAUAAACCGCUCCAAGAGUUGCAGUGACAUCUUGGGCAAUAGCAUUCGGACCUUGGACCACUCGCCGCGGCACAAGCGGCACAUCAGUUUAAGUGAUGUGUUUGCGAAUGCCAUGGUGGACCAAAAAGAACAGGAGGAAGAGAACCUUACAAGGCAGGGAAAUAUCAAAGAGCCCACAUCAGAAGUAUGGGAGAAAAUAAACCACAAGGAGGACAACAAAGAUGGUUCCUCUGAGUUUGUAAAUGAUGGGAUCACCUUCACGGCACCUGACAGAAAUGUUGCAGAAGAGGAGAAUGUGCAGCAUCCUGAGGGUGGGGAGACCCGAUUUACAAUAUCUAAGGUAGCAGAAAUCGAUCUGGAAUUAGAACUUGAUGAAAAAGGAUGAAAGAUUCUUCAAAAAAACAGGACAUUUUUAGUCGUAUUUGUCUUUGUCGUCACAAACCCAUCAUGAAAUCAGCAUCACUAGUUUCUCAACAUUUAUUAAUCACCUUCAUAAUUAGGCCCGAGUAGCGAAGCGCUGCGAGAGCCGAUUGUAUCUGUUAGGUUUCUUAUUAUUAUUUUAACUUGUCCUUUAAUUUUGCUUGGUCCUGGUGUGGGGAAAUAUUUGAGACUUUUUUCCAACUUUGUUCACUUCGUGGCCCAAUUAAGUCUUUGUUAAAGUAGACAUGUUUUUUUUUUUAUUUGGUUUACUUUGGUAGAUCUCAGGACAGUAAAUUCCCACAGAAUAAAGAUAGCUGAUUUUGUUCUAACCUUACAAUUAUUUUAACUGUAACGACAAAUGAAAUCUGUUAUAUAAGCACAACUCAGAUAUAAUCAGUUGUUUUUUAUAAUUGAAAACAUUUUUUUUUUUUUUUUACAAAAUAACAGUUUAGGCCCUGAUAUAACCAAAAUGUUUCAAAUUCCUGUCAGUAAAUACUAUUGGAAACAAUGUAAAAGAUUCCUGGGUCUGUCUGUAUCGGUAGAACAUUUUUGGAGUGUGCUACAGGGCAGUUUGGCCUUAAUUAAAUCAGCUUUUUAACAAAUAAUACUCUCACGACUUGACAAAUAGCGACAGUGUAAACCUACACUACAUGAAGAUUGCUAUAAAGCACAGCAUGUGAACAUUUCAUUUGUGGAAAAAAAAAAUUUCAAACAAUAGCAGUGUUACAGUAAGACUUGUAUUUUAACCAGUCUCAGCUGUAGAACCACAGGUCCAGGUAAACCUGGAUCCAAACUCCAGAAAAUUGUAGUUUAUAAUUUUAUGAGUGAGAAUUAAGUCAGUAAAAAACAAAUACUGAUACAGAAAAACACUGAAACAAAGAUGAAGCCUAAUGAUCACUGCCCAAAUGCAUUUUCCUAUUACUGAAGCAUAAUUAGAUUGCUGUUUUUUUUUUUGGUUUUGUUUUUUGCAUGGAAAAGAAAAAAAAAAUGCAUUCAACACUCCAAACAAAGUAGAAACCUGGAUGUUUAUAUAAGAACCUGUACAAUUCUUGGAGAAAAUCCACAAUGAAUACAAAGUUGUCUUUUUCUUGCUUUUAGACCUCAUUGGCAUUGCUUGUUGUGUGAAAGAAGAAAAAAAACAAUUUAAAAAUUAUUAAAAGUCUGAAAUUAUCGAAUUUUGUCUCUGUUGGGUGCAUAAAAAACGUCUCAGCAUAACUGUAUUAAUAACUGACUUGCACAAUUUUAGGACUAAUACAGUGCCACCAAAAACAUGUUUUAAACUGUGUCAAGCUGUUCUGUAGGUGUAAAUACCAGGAAAAACAAGCUGCGAUGUUAUUCGAUCCUCCUGAAACUGUUUCCUUGUUACAUCAGGGAACUGCCUUACUGGUAUAAUAUUUGAAUGUGUUAAUAGUUUAUUUUAAAUCACAAUACAGGGCUUUGUGAAAAGCUGUGCCAAUGAGCAGCUUUCCCUCGUAGGGAGCGGCGACAGUUGAGCCCAUCAGCUCAUGGCCGUUGUCUCCAUACUCCAGGGUCACCACUGGCUUAUCUGAGAGGAUGUUCUUGACUUUGAUGAUCUGCAGGAAAGGUUUAUAUUUAAUAGCAGUUAAACUAAGGUUGAAUAUAAAAACAAGCAAACAAUAGUAGGUAAACUAAUAAGAGUUGAAUAUAAAAUCAAGCAAACAAUAGUAGUAAAAAUAUAAAAAGACCUCAGAGCCAGGUGGAUCUUUAAGAUCAAAGUUGGACAACUUAGUGGCAUCUGGAUGGCAGCCCAGCCAGACGUCCCCUGUCAUGUGAUCUACCUCGAUGUUAUCACAAAGUGUUCCAACCGGGACAGACUGUGCAGAAGAAACACACACAAGGUACACCAGAUACGAUCAGUAUGAGCUCUGCAAAAACUCAUAUCACAGCAUUUCAAGCUAUUGUUUUCAAUUUGAAAAGCAACAAAUAGGAAACAAAAAAAAAAAGUUGCAUGUUUUUUUUUUCUUUUUUUAGAUAAAAAUCAAGAAAGAUUGUUCAAGUUACCGAUCUCUGGUGCAAACUGAAAACUAAAAUACCAGAAGCGGUUAGAAACGCUCUGUUGAAAAGCAGAAGUAUCCAGAUCCCUACCAACAACAGAAAACAUUUACCUUAACAAAGACCAACUGUUCUCCGUCCAGUCGCUCAAAAACAUCCACAGCAUGGUCCAGCAUAUUGGAAACAUAAAUAUACCUGUUGGGGGAAAAAGAAAAUGGAUCUGUCAAAUUAUUUCAGCAUUAACGGCUGUAAAGUUAUUUAAACAUACACAAAAAAUGUUUUAAAUAAGUUUGGUUUAAAAGGUCAUACUUUUAAUAAAAACAUAGUAUUAUAGAAUCGUUAUUCUAAUUGUUGGAGGCCAUUAUAAAUGCAAACUAGACUUCCUUAACCUCAGUGUAGGUAAAGUCACAGGCUGAUGAUCAAUGCCAGCCUGCAAAGCUCCAUUUGAUUCAUAGGUAUGGAGCACUGACCAGGAACUGAAAGUGCAAUACUGUUCAGUUAAAUGACAUUCCUUUCAGUAGGAGAAAUAAUUUUUUUUUUUUUUUAAGUAAUUAGCUGAGGUGCAAUUUUAAAGGAAAGUGUGUACAUAGGUGCUGAAUAGGGUGAAAGGAGGCUGAAAAUAACCGUUUGUCUGGAGAUAUAUUUAUCCCAUUUGCAGACUGCAUGCUACCAGCUGCCUCCCUCACUUCACCAGGACUGUAGUACACAACGUUACACAAGGGAAGACCCAGGACGAAGAUCAGCAGCUGAAUUGCACCAUUAUCAGUAUAACGAUCGUUUGUGGCGUAGAAAUGCUCUGGUCCAACGGCAACAAUGUCAUUCACACUGAAACAAAGACAAGCAGAAAAAAAGAUUGAUAUUUGAAAAUAUAGCUCUUGGUAAACCAGGAUUUACUGAAGAAAGCAUAAAUACCUGUGCAGUAAAGGGUGUGUAACAGUUUUUAAGUGCACAAGUUCGUCUUCCUCAAUGAAACGAAAGAUCUCUACCUGGCUUUUGCGCUGAGGGUGAUUGACAACAAACAGAUAUACAGAGUCAUCUGUAAAGAAAAGGUUUUCCUUCAUUAUUCCGUGUGAUGAAGAGCAUUUUUGUUGCUAAAACUACAGCUUAAAU